CCUCAAGAACUUGACUUGAAUCAUCUGACGCUGCUUAUUGGAUUGGAUUUAAGACAAAUAAAGUCGACAUCUAAAAGAUAUUUCUUCUUGGACAUAUAUGUUGUCUCCAUCAAAUGCCUGGACCUCAAGACGGGUGAAGUCUAGGAACCAACAUCUAAAUUGGCGUAACUCUACGAUAGAUACGAGUGCCAUAAUUUAUCAUUGAAGUUCUAUCUGGCUUGUAGGAUCGGUACAUGGUGAACCUCUCGUCCAAAUGCAGCUGUCAUUAUUGUUCGGAUCACAUCUGCUCCUCUUCUUCAAGAUCACUUCUGCCUGGCAUGACCUUGAUAAUACGGAAUUCGACUGCUGGCCCAAUGAUCAGCCCAAUGAGCAGAAUAUGAUUGACUGUAUGGGGUUGGAGAUGGACUGGAUUGACAGGCCUCCUGCCAAGGUGAUAGCCGGACAGGACUUCAAUGUUAGUUACACAGUUUGGGUACCAGAUAGUUUUUACCAGAAGGCCGUGGAACAAAACAUUCUCAAAUUCAGUAAUGCCAGUGAAGCUAAAAAAUUUUGCGAAGAGGUUGAAUGUCCAGCAGACUGGAAAUAUGCUAGUGCCGAAAACUGCUGUAUCUACCAUGCAAAUAUCCACUCCUGUCCACUGGCUUUUAUGAAGCAGCGUGGGAUCUGUGGGCCGUGGAUCCCGGACGAUGGUAAAAUAGUCACACAUACUGUGUCACAGGCCGGGAAAAUGACACAGCUGAACUGGACAGCUAAGGUUGUUUUGGUCCACCUCGGCCUCACCUCAUUGAUCGCUCACAUCAAAGUCGGAACUUUUCAGGUCGCUUUAGAAGCUGAAUCCACCGUGGUCAGUGGAAAAGUGUGUGGGGAUGACGUCUGCAGUCAAGAUGAGAACUGUGCCCUGUGCCCUGCGGAUUGUGGCCCAUGCCCAAUGCCAACUACAGUGAAGAUCGCCAUCGCAUUUCCCCUGACACUGUUCUGUAGCGGUUUCAUCUUCACACUAGUGUGGUUCCAAUAUCAAAAGCAGAAGAUGCUUUGGGACGAGAGUUGGAUUCUGACGGUGAAAGACUUACCCGGUCAGCGUCCGGAGUUAUUGGCGAAGACGGUCUUCAUAUGUGGUUCCUCUACAGAAAACUCAACACAGACAGGGAUCUACGACGGGCGAAUUGUUUACGUCAAAAGGAUAUUUAAGAAAAAUUUCGCCAUUACUAAAACCGUAAGAAAGGAGGUGCAGCUUGUACGGAUGCUGGAUCACCAGAACAUAUGUAAAUUCAUGGGGGGAUCAGUGGAAGGAAACAUCUUCAUCGUCACAGAAUACUGUCCGAAGGGAAGUCUGAACGAUGUAUUGUUGAAUGACGAUGUCCCUCUCAACUGGGGCUUUAGACUUUCCUUUGCCACAGACAUAGCACGAGGAAUGGCUUACAUGCACCAUCAUAAAAUGUGCCACGGGAGACUGACGUCACAUAAUUGCGUCAUAGACGACAGAUGGGUUUGCAAGAUCUCAGAUUACGGUUUAAUGGUUUAUAGACGGGAUGAGUUUAAAGAAUUAAUCGAGAAAAAGCCGGCGCCUAUCUACUGCCCCCCAGAGGUUAUUCAGAGUAACAGCAGUCCUGUCCUGCCGACCCCCGCUGCUGAUGUAUACAGUUAUGCCAUUGUUCUAGUUGAAAUUGCCAGUCGCUGUGAUACGGUUGCGGGAUAUUCUUACCUUAAAGAUGUGACAUGGAGACCGGAGAUACCGGAUCUGAGUGUCGGCAAAUCUGACCCUGACUGCCCAAACCAGGCAGAUUACUCAGAGCUGAUACAGAAGUGUUGGGCCCAUAAUGCUAUGCUGCGACCCCCGUUUGAGCAGAUAAAGAAAAGUCUAGAGAAGAUGAAUCCUCACCGAGUCAGCCCGGUGGAUAUGAUGAUGAACCUGAUGGAGAAGUACAGUAAACAUUUGGAGGCCAUUGUAGCCGAGAGAACUCAAGAUCUCUUACAAGAAAAGCAGAAGACUGACCGUCUGUUAUACAGUAUGCUUCCCAAACCGGUAGCGGAUGAUCUGCGACAAGGCCUGACCUGUGAAGCCCAGAGUUACUCUAGUGCUACUGUCUACUUCAGUGACAUUGUAGGUUUCACGACACUGUCUGGGGCAAGCACGCCAUACCAAGUAGUCAAUUUCCUAAAUAAGUUGUACACCAAGUUUGAUGAUAUCAUUGACAACUAUGACGUAUACAAGGUGGAAACCAUCGGCGAUGCAUAUAUGGUGGUGUCUGGAGUACCAAAAGAAAAUGGCAUUAAGCACGUAGCCGAGAUCGCGAGUAUGGCUCUAGACCUGGUUGCUGUCUGCCACUCCUUCAAGAUUCCACAUAUACCAGAUACUAAGCUGAAGAUCAGAGCUGGAGUACAUUCAGGUCCUUUAGUAGCUGGAGUAGUUGGGACUAAAAUGCCACGUUAUUGUUUAUUUGGAGAUACUGUGAACACAGCUUCAAGGAUGGAGUCAAACAGCGAAGCCUUAAAGAUUCAGUGCAGCUCCAGCGCAGCCGAACUACUGAUGAAAAUAGGCGGCUACACGCUGGUAUGCCGGGGCACGGUGGAUGUAAAGGGAAAAGGAGCAAUGACAACAUGGUGGCUGGAGGGGAAAGAGAAAGAUGGAAACUGGAACAUUUAAUAAACUACAAAUUCAUCUGAUAAAUGUCAUAUAUACCGUGUGCAGUCAUGUGACUUUGUCUUAAAGAGAUUUUAGAUCAAAAAACAUAAUCACUGUAUAAAUAAAAAUUCUAACAACGUGUGCACAUUCAUUGGCUGCCGUCCUGUACAAAGCUUGCCCUGCUGAGAUGAGAAUAUUAAAUGUAUCUACCCUGGAAAAUGCUCUGUGAGCUAAAAGUGAUAAUACGCACAGCACAGUGAUGUUACAGAACAAGGAUAAUGCACACAGUGAUGUCACAGAACAAGGAUAAUGCACACAGUGAUGUUACAGAACAAGGAUAAUGCACACAGUGAUGUCACAGAACAAGGAUAAUGCACACAGUGAUGUCACAGAACAAGGAUAAUGCACACAGUGAUGUCACAGUACAGGGAUAAUACACAGUGAUGUCACAGUUCAGGGAUAAUACACACAGUGAUGUCACAGUACAGGGAU